AUGUCUGCCACCACGAGCAACGACUCGCCUGCCCGGCAAAGGUCCGCUUCCCACUCCGGCUCCGCGCGGAGGCUCUCCCGGGCCAGGUCCUCGUCGAGCUUGCUCGAUGAGUUCUUCCGCCACCCCGAGCGCAGGGCCGUCUGGCAACGCACCGAGGAACGAGCCAACCACGAGCAAGCUACCAAGAUGGAGAACCGCCAGGUGAUGGGCGACCUGGUCGACUUUUGCGCAACCAUGAGCCGCCACCCGACAAUUUCAUGUCCAUUCCCGAGGAGGGCGACGGUCACGAGAGGG